AGACAUUGUUCUGCUUUCAUUCCAGAGUUGGAAAGGAAUUACAGAUCCUUGUUUCCCCCUUCAAGCAGUGUGAUGAGAACUAACAUGAUAAUUGAAAUGCCAGGCUGCCAGCCCUUGCUUGGCUUUAGAUGUCACAGUUUUGUAAAGAAGGGAAGGGAUGGUACCUUCUGCAUGAAAACAGAGUACCUAGGAUUUUUACCCUUUCUGGCCUUAGCAGAAACUCCUUGCAAAGUCUAAUGAAAAGAAAUGAUGAAUAAACCUUUUUGUGAAAGUGGGCAUGAGCACAUUUUUCCAGUGAUAUGUAUAUUUAGCAUAGACUGAAUGGGUACAAAUACAAAAUGGCAGAGAUCAUUGUAGAUCCAGCACUAAGUAUUUGGACUCUGAGUUUAAAAUGAGCUUUGGUAUGGUAAUUGCCAGUUAGUGUCCUAUACUACUGAGUUUUCUCAAGGACAAGAUACUACCAUGUGAUUAACAGGAAGGGGGUUAAAAUCUCUCUGGGUAAACAUAAGUCAGCGGUUCAUUUGGGGGUAUCCUUGGGUAGAUAUGAGGCUCUUAGUGGUCUCACCGGAAUGAUAGCUCUGUUAGGAAAUCCAGAUUCAGGGAUCAAACUUUUUUAGCUUUACAUCUUUUAUUUGUACCUACUGUGGUCAUAAGUCAGCAUUCUUUCAUAUUCAGUAUAUUGUAGAGGGCUACAUUUUGAACUUUAUCUUAUUUUAAUUUGACUUUAUAUUGUGAGGUAAUUAUAGAUUCAGACAUGUAAGAAAUGGUAGAGCUCUGUAUUCCCUUUACCCAGUCCCACCUCUGCAUUGUAAUUUCUUCCAGAACUAUAGCAUAAUAUUGCAACAGGUCAUUGAUGUUGAUGCAAUCUGCCAAUUUUACUCAGAUUGCCCUGUUUUGCUAAUAACUGUGUGUGUGUUGAGUUUGCCGCAGUUUUUUUCAUAUGUGUAGCUUAGUGUAUCACCGCUGGGAUUCCUCACAUUGCUCUUUUCUGGCCACACCCACCUCCCUCCUGCACACACCCCACCCCCAGCCUCUGGCAGUCACUAUCAGGGAUUGAUUUUUCAUUUCAUGGAAUAUACAUUUCCAGCAUCAUCUGUGUUGGCCACUCAACAUUUAGAAACAGUUCACCAGUUGGCAGGCCUUAUAAGAGCACUAGAAUGCUUGACGUGAAUGUUCUUCUUGCCUGGUUUUCAUCCCCUGUUUGGGUGCUGUUUUCUUAUGAAUCUGCUAGUAGAAUUGCAUCUUUGCAAACUGCUGACCUGCAGUCUCUGGCCUGACCUCUUGAAGGCUUGCGGGCAGAUGUGUGGUCACGACUGUAAAUACCAAAAGUACUUGCCCUGUUUCCAAAAGCUGGUUUACAUCCUCAGCCAGCCUUUGAGAAGCCCAGUCAGACAGCAAAACCUUACAGCUUGGGCUAAUGCAAUAACAGCAGGAACUCUAGCCUGCUGUAGCAUUUGAUCUGGUGAAAAGACAGGGAAAAGCAGAGCAGCAAUCAUCUGUGAAUGAAAGAGAAUCAUCAAAGUGAGCCAAAUUAAGUUCCAUUUCUACCACUGGGGUCAGUGUUUGGGCUCCAGAGUGACUGGUGGGCAAAGUUCAGCCAACUGCUGAACUGUUUCUAAAUGUUGAGUGGCCAAAACAGAUGAUGCUGGAAGGUCAGGUGGGGCAUUGGUGAAGGUCAGGUGGGGCGUAACACAACAAGGGAGGUAUUCUACCUCCAGAGUAUACAGAGCCAUAUGUCUUGCUUGUGAGGAGCAUUGACCUUUGUUUUCUUUGGGUUUGGAGAUACCUAACAAGGCUAACGUCCAAAUAUGAAUAGUAUAUUUUCCAGUCUAACCAGCUAGUUUGGAAAUGUUGGAGGUAUUGAUGUGGGAAGGGUAAGUCUAUAGAAGCUUUUCAUAUUGUGAAAACUAAGCACCAGAUGUAUGUAUUUGGGAACUCAGAAAAAUGAUGCUGAAGUUUGGUUCUUUCAUUUUUGCCAAGAAAACAUUAGUUCCCAAAGACUAUAAUACCUCAAAUUAACCACUUAAUGUAUAUAUAUUAUUUGCAUCACACAGAAUGAUAAUUGGCAACUAUAUAAUCAACCAAUAAAUACUUGAGUACCUCCUACUUAAAUGCAAGGCUGCCUGGGUACUGAGGCUCUCACAUAGACCCUGCCUUCUAUUGGCAUUAGAUCUACUUGAGCCCUUAAAGCAGCAAAUGAUGACUGGGUGGUAGAAAGUAACACUGAUCAAAAGAAAGCAUGUUCCCCAGGACUGGUGUGCUAGGAUAGGCUCCAUAAAAGAGGAUGGACUUAUCCAUUCCUUGAAGUUGGAUUUUUAUUAGGCAGGGGAGAAGGUGGGCAGGGAAGUCACAUGGGAAGUGUUGACAGUUAUGUGUAAACCAGCCUGGCUGCAGUAGUGUUUGUCCUGGGAAGGAGGAGAGUUGACCUGGAAAUAUAAGUGGGAGCCAGAUAGUGUUUAUAGGGGAUAGAUUUGUGGUUUAUUUUGUAGUGGGAGCCAUUGAUGGUUGACACUGAAGUGACAUGAUCACAUCUAAAAAUUAGGAUAGAGAGCUUUGCGGGACCAAUUAGAGGAAAGAAAGGUAGGUGUCAGGGAGUCAGGUUAUUUGAUAGUUGAGGUGAGAGAUAAAGCCAAGAUUAAGCUGCUCACAAAAGGAUUGGGGACAAAAGAAAGGAUGUAAAAGCAGCAAUACAGGAGAAUUAUUGCUAGACCUUAAUAACAACUUGGAUGUGGGAGCAGGGAGGAAGAGAGAAUGAUAGGUUAGUUGUGAGGUUUUUAGGGUUGAGUGACUGGGGUAACAAUGACCUGAGUGGAAAUGAUCAUGUCAGCAAAAGGAGCUGGUUUGGGAGGGGGCAUUUAAUUGAUGGAUUUAGUUAAGCAUGUUUACUUUGAGAUUUGGACAGAUCCCCAUAUCAGUGCUGGGCGGAGUCUGAAAAUAGAGGUCUGGGGCUCUAAAGACUGGCAGGGAUUGCAGAUAGAGAUUAGGAGUUCCCUGGAAGCUGUGGCAGGAGCAAACAUUACAGAAUUGGCAUCUGCAGACCUGGGUUUGAGUACUGACUCUUCAAUUUCCAGGCUAGAUGCCCUUCUCUAAUUUACAGAUUCUCUGAGCUUCUACUUCCUUACCUGUGUCUGUCUUGUCUUCCAGAAUUCUGCAAAUCACUUGUUGGGCUGCCAAAAAAAAACAAAAACAAAAACACAUAAUAGAAAUGCUUAUUAUUAAUGUUGUUUGCUUAGAAGUGGCUGCUGGGUCAGGAAGAAGAUAAUCUUUACCAUAGGAAAGGGGAAGAUAAAGGCAGGCGCAGUGGCACAUGCCUGUAAUCCUAGCGGCUGGGGAGGCUGAGGCAGGAGGAAUUCAAAGCCAGCCUCAGCAAUAGCAAGGCACUAAGCAACUCAGUGAGAACCUGUCUCUAAAUAAAAUACAAAAUAGGGCAGGGGAUGUAGCUCAGUGGUCGAGUGUCCCUGGGUUUAAUCCCUGGUACCCAAAAAAGGCGGGGAGGUGAUGAAGCUGUGCAUAGCAGUGCACGCCUGUAAUUCCAGUAGUUUGGGAGGCUGAGGCAAGAGGAUUGUGAGUUCAAAGCCAACCUCAGCAAUUUAGUGAGGCCCUAAGAAACUUAACGAGAUCCUGUCUCAAAACAAAAUAUAAAAAGGGCUGGGGAUGUAGCUCAGUGGUUAAGCACCCCUAGGUUCAAUCCCUGGUACAAAAAAAAAAAAGAAAGAAAGAAUAAAAAGGGAAGAUGAAUUUAGGGCUCAAGAUCAAACCCUAGCAAAGUCCAUUUUUAAGGGAAAAAAGUGAGAUUUUGCAACAUCUCAGAGACCAGAGGAGGAGCAGAUUUUAAGCAGAAUGUCUUUAGGCUCAGCAGCAGAAAUGUUCUUUGUAGGUAGAUCCACCAAGGAGAAAAGGGCACUGCAGAGGGGGUGGCUCUCUUGGGCUGCUUUUGUAGCAUUUGUUCAUUGCUUUGAAUCAAGGAGGAAGUUAUUUGUACCCGAAUGUUUUGUUAGUGCUUUGGACAAUUGAAGCUGUCCAAAUGUGGGUUGCAGUGAAUAGCAUAAUAUAGUCCUGAAAGUCAUUGGAAACCGUCAGUGUUAGCUAUAAAUAAAUCUGUGUUUCCUCUUAAUAAAGCUGAAAUUUAAAAUUAUUGUAAUAUUAAAUUAGAGAACAUGGCUUUUUCAGAUCUCAUGUGGGUAGCUACCAGCAUCUGUCAGCCAGCAAUAAUUUAGAAUGAAAUCAAUUGGUCCAAAACUAAGUUGUUGAUGUCAGUUUGAGAUAUUGUUUGUAUCAAACUACACGGCCAUAUUUCAAGUAACAUAAUAGAAAACAUGGAAGAGCUCCAACAUAGGCCUGUGCAUGAAUAGAAAAGAAAAUUAAAUUGUCCAGUUUUCUCUUGCUGAUAGAAGAAUCUCUGUUCUGAUUGAAUGAGAGAUUAUAGGCCACAGAGUCAAGUGCCAUAACAUUUACUUUUAUUAUGCCAUAUAUUGUAGUUCCCACCACAUGGCAGGAUUUAUUGUUAUACUUCAAUACUACAGAGAGAUUUUCAAUUCCUUUCCUUCUAGAACACAUAGCAACAGGCCUCCAGAUGGGAAGCAGCCUGUGAAGUAAGCCACCUAGUUUCAACUAAUUGACUUGGAGAAAGUCCUUCUCAUUCCUCCUUAUUUACAGACAGGGUCUCACUGAGUUACUUAGGGCCUUACUAAAUUGCUGAGGCUGGCUUUGAACUCACAAUCCUCCUGCCUCUGAGGGAUGUAGCUAUGUGUCUGAUAGCCUGGCACUGGAAUCAUUGCUCCAGCCACAUGAGCCACCAUGCCUGGCCCCAUUUCUAUCUCUUUAUGUCGACACUACCCCCUCUAUGAGGAAGGUGAAGGUUUCCCCUUCGCCUUCAACUUGACUCACAGAGCACAGUUUAUACCAUAGUCAAUUUAGGGGCCAAGAGUUGCUACCUUAAAAGUUAGACUUGGGCCAUGAAUGUGGUUCAGAAGAUAUGAAGGCUAACUGCAACUUAUCCUCAGAUCUCUUAAGGAUGCCUAGGGACUGUGGUUCAUUUGGACCAGGAAGUGUAAAAGUAUUUAUGCCCUAGGAAUCAUUAUUUUUUAAAUAUUUAUUUUUUAGUUUUUUAGGUGGAUACAAUAGCUUUUAUUUUUAUGUGGUGCUGAGGGUCGAACCCAGUGCCUCACACGUGCUAGGCGAGCGCUCUACCACUUGAGCCACAACCCCAGCCCGGAAUUCUUUUAAUAGCCACUUGAUUUGGGAAUCAAUUGUAAAGGUUCUAAAAUCAGAUUGUGGUGAUGAUUGCACAACUAUAAAUUUACUAAAAAAUAUUAACUUAAGAUGAGUGAAUUUUAUGGUAUAAAUUAUACCUCAGUAAAACUGUUAAAAAGAAAAAAGGGAACAUUAAAAUUUUCCUAACACAUUAAGGUCCCAAUGUAAAUAAAUAAAUAAAUAGACAGCAUUCAUCUGUAUGUAUGGGGUUAAAAGGAUCCUUCUGGGCUGCUUCUGCCCUUGAUCUUUGGUGUCGUUUGUUGGCUCCAGGGCCGCAGCAGUCAUGGUGAACUUACUUCAGAUUGUGCGUGACCACUGGGUUCAUGUACUCGUCCCUGUGGGAUUUGUUGUUGGAUGUUAUUUAGACAGAAAGAAUGAUGAAAAACUGUCUACCUUCCGCAACAAGAGUAUGUUGUGUAGAAGGGAAUUGAGGCUCAGUGAAGAAGUUACCUGGAAGUAAAGACUGUGGCUGAAUCACAGAAUAUUCACAUUUUAAAAGUUCUGAUACAAAUAAAGCCAUGUUUAUUAUUUUUUAAAAAAAGGGUGCUUCUGCCCCACUUCACAAACAUAUUUGUGACUAAUAGCUGCUAUAUUGGUGUUUCUGAGUUGUGUGUAAACCAGUUCUUUAUACAUAGAAUUAUAUUUUACAUAUGUUAAGAAAGCUCUUCAAAAACCUGUAGAGGAAUCAUUUGAGGAUGAAAAUAAGUCCCUAGAGCUUUGUGUAUUACUUUACAUGGUUUUCUUAAAUGGAAGCCCACCUGGAUGUUGAUAUGUAGCUGAUUACAGCUGUGGUGACAGAACAAUCCCAGUGUUCAGAAGGUUUUCCUAAAACCUUCUGGGUGUUUUCUAAACAUAUUAGGGGGAAGAGCAUGCCUUUAAAAUCUUUGAGUCCCCUUUGAGGUACAGCUAUAGAUGGUUGCCUCUGAGGGAUGUAGCUAUGUGUCUGAUAGCCUGGCACUAGAAUCAUUGCUCCAGAGCAAUAGAGAGAAGAUCCUCUGUUUUUGUUUCCCCUCUCCCAGCCUUCAUAUUUUCUAGUGUUGAAUUAAUGCAGUGGAACAAGCAAGAGGAAGGAAAGAUGUUUGGCACAUUUCUCUCAUUCACCACAGCCCUGUGAGGGAGUGGUAUAAUGACUUGUGUUUUCGGAGUAAAUGUGCAGGAAUAAAGAAAGCCAGGUAACUUGGGCAAGGUUAACCAGCUAGUAAGAAGCAGAGUUGGGGGGUUGAACCUAGGUCCAAACUUCAGUGCAAGAGGUUAAUCUAUAUCAGCAGUUCUCAACUGCUCCCUUAAAAGGGAUAUUUUGCGACAUUUUUGGUUAUUAUAUCAUGGGGGUAGGGAUGGCUACUGGUUUGUAGUAGGUAGAGGACAGGAACACUACUAAACAUCUUACAGUGCACAGGGCAACCCCAUAAGCAACAAAGAAUGACCCUGCCCCAAAUAUGGAUAGCACAGAGAUCAAGAAAUCCUGGUCUGUGUCAAGAAGCUGAUGGUAAAUUAGGACUAUCUGAGCUGUCCCCCCCCCCACCCACACACACACACACACACACACACACACACACACACUCCAAGUACAGCCUUGUGUUCCCUGGAGUUGACUGUACGAUUUCCUGAGAAUCUGUAUAAAACCUACUUUGAAAAUAAUUUCAGAGCUUUUGGAAACUAGUGAUUUAAUGUACAAAAGAGUAAAUAUAUUUGAAGUAAUUCACUUAAACAAGUAAUUCACUCAACCAAGGACAAAGCCAUGACCUUGGAGAGAGAGCUCUUCCGCAAGCUUGUGGCAAGUUACUUGCCCUAGAAACAGCAAUAUGAUUUUUUUGGAGGGAUACCAGGGAUUGAACUCGGGGACACUCAACCACUGAGUCAUAUCCCCAGCCCUAAUUUGUAUUUUAUUUAGAGACAGGGUCUCACUGAGUUGCUUAGCACCUCGCUUUUACUACUGAGGCUAGCUUUGAACUCAAGAUCAUGCAUCAGCCUCCCGAGCCGCUGGGAUUACAGGUGUAGGCCACGCACCAAGCCAGUGAUAGGAUUUGAACUUGGUUUCCAUACAGAGCAUUGUAUUUGAGGUUACAUAUUCUCCAAUGGUUCGAUAGCUGGUGUUUAAGUGGAUGUAAAAGAACAAAAAAUAAAAUGUCACCAAUGCUAUAUUCUAAAUCUAUAUUCUCUAUAGUAAAGCUCUACAGGACAUAUAUAAAGCAAUUUAAUUGUGACCAUUAACAGAAAAUUUUUGUUACCAUGAUACCAAAUCUGCAAAAAUAGGGGGGUUAAAUUCUUAUUGUGCAAUUUCUACCUUUUACUAUAAGAAAUCAUCUCUAGGGUUUCUUGGGAAGAUUUUGAGCAAUGUCUUAGAUCCCCUGAUUUGGAUUGUUGGUUUUUCUGCCCUGCUUAUAUAAUAAUAUUACAUUAGAAAAGUUUAUAUUAAACUUCUCCUUUUGGAGCUAGACAGCCAGUUAUUGAUCUUUGCAGCAUUUCAGGUUGUUGAGCAAUUUCUCAGAUUUUGUAGAACAUAAUGUAACCUGAUGUAAAGAACCCCAUGAGUGGCAUGUGCAGAGUUUCAGAUAGACUACUGGCUAAGCAUGUGUGUGAACACCUCCCUGCUUUCUUGGGGAUAAUUACUCAGACAGGAGAACUUAUAUUUGAGAUGCAGUCACGGCUCGCUUUUACAGAAACUGUUUCCUUUCCAGUUACAUCCAAACAUGGCCUUUGGGACCAAAGAUGUGGUUAGCAUUACCCAAGCCAAGAAAUGGCAGAUGCAUUUGCUGCUGUUGUACAAGUCUGCAUGUGACAGUGUGGGGUGUGCAUGUGUGGAUAUAUGCAGUUCUAUCUCCUAUUAAGGGACAUAAGUCACAAUCAAACUUAAAUUUCCAUCAGCAAUAUUUGAGAAGCACUCUGCAUUUCUCUAAUGUGGCGAAAAGAAAAGAGAUCGUGUUGAGCAUCAGGCACUAUUUCAUGGAAGCAAAACAGGCAGCACUGCUGAUUGAUUGCUUGCUAACCCGCACAUUUUUGUUUCCUCUUGAUGCCUAUGGAGACUGACUUAAUUCAAAAGAGCUGCUGGGCCUGACCCGCUCCCAGCCGUACCUUGAGCCUUCCUUGGUUCCCACCCCUCAGGGGUGUCAUUGUAGGUAUUCCCCUAAGUAAUUAAACAGAUCAAGCUGGUCACCAACACUCAUUUCAAAAGGUAUCUUUCAAUCAUACAGGAAAUGGGCCCAUGUGGAAGCCUCAUCUUUCUGGGUUCUUUAAGGGGCCCAAUUCAGCCCUCAUGGUGGCACACACUUGUAAUCCCAGCAGUUUGGAAGGCUGAGGCAGGAGGAUCAUGCGUUCAAAGCCAGCCUUGGCAAUUUAGUAAGGCACUAAGCAAAUCAGCGAGACCCUGUUUCUAAAUAAAAUAUAAAAGGGGCUGGUAACAUGGCUCAGUGGUUAAGCACCUCUGAGUUCAAUCCCUGGUACUAAAAAGUAAAUAAAUAAAAAUAAAGGGCUUGAUCCUGGAUACAAACUGAGCAUCUCCACUUACAGACCUUUACAGUCAGAGAUGUUGGUUUUCAUCAGAAUCCAGGAACUCACUCCACCUGUAUACCCCCAACAGGGCAGUCUUGGUCUUAGUAGUCCAUCUUGGGGACUGUGCUUAGUUAUGGGGGGUUCCAUAAACAUCUUUUAUCCCAUCAUAUCAGAUGAGUAUAAAAGCAAUAAACAUUGGUUAUGCCAGUAAGAAAUGUCUCAUGAAGACUAUAGAAACACAGGGAGAGGUCAAACAAAUCAUAGUGGGGAGACCAUAACAAAUGUUGCCUAACCUCAUUAGAGUGAUAUAUUUGGUGGUGUGAAUUAUUCUAAAACACGAGAGUAUGAACAGUGCAUCCUACCCAAGCCACCUCCACCUGUUAGCCUAUAAUGAGGAGUAUAAUCAUCUGGGGAGGGGUGGAGGGAUACAUGAGGUGUGGGGAGCAUCAGUUAAGAUGGCUCUUGUCUGAUGAACCAAAGUUAGCAGGCCUCUAACCUUGUCUAAAGUUUCUAGAUCAUGCCUUAAUAUGGCUAGAAGAGGAUUUUGACAAUUUGCUUCAUAAAGUGAUAAUAAUAAAAUAGUAUACUUAAUAAAUUAUAUAGUGCCUAGUAGCCAUGUGGACUUGCAGCCAGCCCCAGAAAAGCUCACUUGUGUGCCAAGAUGAUGUAUAUUCCCCUUGUAUUUUGGUCAUCUGCCUCUCUGUGAAUAGGACCUUCACAAUCUUUACCCAUCCCAAUGGCUUGAGUGCUUCUACCUUUGCUAUGUGCUGAGAUGCUUUUCAGCCUUUUUUGGGUACAAAUCUGAAGACUAGUAUACAACAAAGAGACUUAUAUAGUAGCCUUCUCUAUAUCCACCAUGUACUCCACAGAAGCCUGUGAGUUGCAAGUGAAUGUGAAAGCAAGAUGGGAACAAGUGACAGUCAUUUCUCAGAUUGCACAUGGCAUUUAUUUGACUUGGGAUGCUCCCCACUCUCCGCCCACUAGCUGUGGGCUCGUGGAUUGGCAGAGCCCAGCUCUGGCUUUUGUUUUACUUGUAGAUAUACAGAGAUACACAACCUGCCAGAAAAUCAUUCUCACAUACCUCUUUGACAAACUAAAACCAUAUGGACAAACUAUAAUUUAUUAAGCAUGUUAUUUUAUUAUUAUCACUUAAUGAAGUAAAUUGCCAAAAUCCUUCUCUUGCCAUGGACUCUUGUUAAGGUAUGAUCUGGAAACCUUGGCCAAGCUUAGCAGGCUGCUAACUUUGAUUCAUGAAAUAAGAAAAGUGAUUAGCAGUUGGGGAGUGAGGUUGGUGGGCGCCAUUAAAAGGUAAUUGGAUCUGGUGGUGACAGGCUGAGUUGGAGGUUAACAGGGUGCCCUGAUUUGGAACCAAAAGAAGCCUAUUACAUACCUUUGCAGUAACCUGUGGUGAUACUCUCUUCACCUCCCCAGGCCUGAGUCCUCUCUCCCUGACAGUUUGUGCUCUUUGGAAUUUCACGGAUCAUUUACAAAAAGGCUGAAAAUUGGAAGGGAUUGCCAAUUUUUAUUAUAAUUUAAGCACAUUUGAAAAAUGUUAUCUCCUAUUAUUAGAAAGGAUAUAAUCUCCAAGUUUAAAAAUUGAAUAGAUUAAGCUUAAUGGGAAACUCACCAUACUGACCUUUUUCUCAGUGCUUUAUGGACUGGAGACAACUUUAGCAUAGACACAUCAGUUCUUGGGCUGGUGUUUGAAAACCACAGGUCCAGCUCACGUGUACAAAGGUGAAAGAUAGGGGAGAGAAGACAUGUGGGGCAAUUGGAAGGCACCAGAGGGAGUCAGAUAUUGAAGUAUAACUCAGGUGAAAACUCAUACCAUUAGCAGCUCAAUAUAUAUGAGAGUGAGAAGGGAGGGGCACAGAGAGAGAGAGGGAGAGAGAGAGAGAGAGAAUUGCUUGUAAUUUUGUAAAAAUCAGUCAUGGAGGGGUUGGAGGUGCCUCAGUAAUAGAGUACUUGCCUAGCGUUUGUGAAGUCCUGUGUUCCAUCCCCAGAACCCACCACACAAACACACACAUACACACAUACAAAGUUAAAUCAGUCACACAACAUUAUUUUUUGUUGGUGGUGGUUGUUGUAAGUUGUAGAUGGACACAAUACCUUUAUUUUAUUUAUUUAUUUAUUUGCAGUGUUGAGAAUUGAACCCAGGGCCUCGCACAUGCUAGGCAAGCACUCUACUGCUGAGCUACAACCCCAACCCACGAAUUAUUAGAUUUUUAAGAGCACUUGAAAUACUUUUUACCCCAGUCAUCUUUUUUCUCGCAAGUUUUACAGAUGAGGAGCAGCUCAUUUAGUUACCAAGGCUGGGGAUGGGAUCCUUCCAGUCUCUCCAAGAAGUUGAUGAGGCUCUGCUCCUGUACCUCCCAGUGGAGUAAGAAGAGCUCUGGGCCUCAGGACAGUAGCUCCUUCUUCCUAAAGUUUUGUAGUCAGCAUAAUUUUGGCUUCCAUGUAGUUUUGAAUGUUAGGAUAUUACUAUUUCACAUAUGCAUUAACAUUUCGUGUUAUGAGUGUCUGUUUCUCUUUUGUCUAAGUAAGUGCUAUUAAAUAAGAUGAAAUGACACAUACAUCUUGCUGUCCAAAAAGCAAACACACUCUUGGUUGAGGCUGCUUGCCCUGCUGAAGCAGGCCAUCUGGCACACCAUUGCAUCUCUCUGGGUCUUGGGUUUGUUUCUGUCUCUUUUAUUUUAUGCCUUUUCUGUUUGUCUGUUUGUGAUACUGAUAUGGGUCCCAGGGGCAAGUGCUCUACCAUUGAGCUAUACCCCCAGCCCUUGGGUUUUCGUCUUUCAACCAAGGGCUUGAAUGAAAUGACUGUAAGGGGCCCCCCUCCAGCCUCACAAUCCAUGUUUCUAUGAUUCCCACUUCUUUGUUUUUUUUUAAGGGAUUCCUUUAUUUUUUUUAAAUGGGCUUUUACUUUGUUUAUUUAUUUUUAUGUGGUGCUGAGAAUCAAACCCAGUGCCUCACACAUGCCAGGCAAGCGCUCUACCAUUGAGCCACAACCCCAGCUCCUGAUUCCCAUUUCUUUUAGCUGACUUUUUUGAACGUUGAGGAAACUAUUCUCUUAGUAGCCUGUGAAUCCUCUUUAAAAUUAUGUAGUUUGUUCUUUCAUUUGUCUCUGAGCUGCUCAGUUUCCAUGUUAAUUUCCCCCUCCCUCCCUUCCUUUUUUUUUUUGGUACUGGGGAAUGCUUACCCAUUAAGCCGUAUCCCCAGCCCUAUUUUGUAUUUUACUUAGAGACAGGGUCUCACUGAAUUGCUUAGUACCCCACUGUUGCUGAGGCUUGAACUUGGGAUCCUCCUGCCUUAGUCUCCAGAGUCGCUGGGAUUACAGGCAUGCACCACUGUGCCCAUCUCUGUGUUAGUUUCUUGAUCUAGAAUUGAUAAUGUGCCCCUAUCUAAGGUCUAAUUGAGGGUUUUCUUUGGCUUACUGAGUUUUCCUUAUAAGAAUUUUGCUGGCCCUAUUGAAGUGCAGGUAACUGUUAAGGAGUAUGAGCACAACUUUUUAUAGAUUUUUAAGUUAUUCAUCCUUUUUAAAAAUUAUUUUGAUUUUUUAAAAUGCAAAUUCUUACUGAGAAAUGUAAAAGGAUAGGAUGUUGACUAUCCUAAGUUUGAGUAACUAGAGCAAACCUUGAUAGAGAGGUGACAUAGUUCCGAGUCAUCAAAAAGGGCAUGAGAUAUGUCAGAUAAAUCAAGCAGUCUCAGACAGGUAUGCUUGGAUUUGAAUCGUUACUCUGUAAGUUCUGUUGGUUUCUAAUUCUUUACUUCCAAUGAAUUUGGAGGAGGUACCCACUGAAUUGUUUGUUAAUACGUUGUUAAAAAUAAUUCUUGAUGAUGCAGGAUCACUGAAUUUGAGUAUAUAAUUCAUGAGGUCAGAGAACUGAGUGAUAUUGUAAUAACAAAAUUCUUCCUGUCCCAUCUAAUUCUGUUUAUGUGAACAAGUUUCUUGGUGCUUAUAUCUCUAAAAUGAAGAACGCAGUCAACACAAAGCCAUUUCAUUCUGAUAUUAAGUAAUAAUCAUCCACAUGAAGUAUUUGGGAGAAAAAAAGCCCAAUAAAAUUCUAUUUUUCCAUGCUUAAAAAUUAUGUAUAAAGAUGCAUGGUACAUAUACAUGCAUAUGUUUUGAUUGUUUUAUGCUAAUAAUUUUAAUAACUCAGUCCAGAAGAAAAAAAUAUUUUUAUACUUACAGCCUGAUGAUUUCAGAAAAGAAAAAAAUCAUAAAUUUUAAUUUGUAUACAUGUUUUUAUAUCAGAAAAAGAUAACAUUAUUAACAAAAGAUUUAAAAGCACAUUGUAUUAGAAUAAAAUUCAGGACCAGAUGGUGGAAAAUAUGAAUUCAGGGAGGAAAAGGAAUGAUGUAAAAUUUCCAACUGUUAAGAUCUUAUAAUAUUUUUAAAUGGAUAAUAGUGGUAAAUUGCUGUUAUUCAAAAAUAUAUUGAAUGAAUACAUUUAAGCAAGCAGCAUAAAUUAUAUUUUGAAAUACCAACAUUUAGCAUACUGCAAAAAUUACAUCUUUUGUAACUCAAAUUUAUGUAAAAUUUUAGAUGUCAAUUUAAGAUGUAUGAGGGGAUAUUCAUGGGUUUUCACAAUUAUUUUAGGAAGUACACAAGGCAAAAUAGUCUGAAAACCACUGGCCUCAGAAAUAUACCAUUUUAUGCUUACACAAACAUUUCUGUGGAUUAACUUCUAGAAAUAGUAUUGAUGUAUCUGGAGGCGUAUGUAUUUACAUUUUGUGAUAGGUAUUGCUAAAUGGCAUUACAGAAAGGUUGUGUCCAUUUACAUACCUGUGAUUAAUAGUGCAACAAUUAUUUCCAAUAAAGAAGUGUAUAAUUUAUUAAAAUGUUUUGCAUAGCAAAUUUGGGCAUGUAGUGAGCAAUUUUAAAGGAAUGCAAAUGUGGAAACCCACUUUUUCCCACUUAACAUUACUUGUCAUCAGUCAAGAAAAUCACUCCCUCUCCUCAGUAAGAUGUGACCCCCUUCCCUGACCCUUAUUAGGUUCCUGUGCUGUCAUUUAUAAUUUUAUCUUUUAUCUUUCUUUCAUGAUAACUAGCAGAAUUUGUAAUUGUACAUAUAAAAGUGUGUCUCAAAGGGUUAUAAACUAUAUGUGGGCAGGUACCAUAGCUAUUUGUUCUAUCCCUGUAUCUCCAUAUGCCUCGUCCAGUGCCUGGCUGAUAGUAUAUGCUCAGUAAAUAUGCACUAAAUGAAUGAACUGAGUGUAAAUGAGAAGAAAUAGCAAAAUGCAAGGUUAUAAUAUAGAUCUUUGUUGCCACACGUGACUAUUUAAAUUUAAUUUAAAUAGUUGUACUUGCCCAUCUGCUCAGUAGUUAUGUGGGGCUAGUGGCUACCAUAUUGGAUAGUACAGAUAAAGAGGACUUCCAUCAUGACUACAAAUUCUGUUGGGAAGCACUAAUAGAGAGCAAUUAUACUGUCAUUCUCAAAACUAUUCACUUUGCCCAGCAUGAAGUAAAUACUUAAUAAAAGUUUGAAAUAAUGAGUAAAUAAACCAGAUAUCUCCCUCUCUUAUUCUUUUUUUUUUAAAUUUCUAUUGGUUCUUUUUAGUUAUAUAUAACAUUAGGAUUCAUUUUGAUAUAAUUAUAAAAGCAUGGAAUAUAAUUUGCUCUAAUUCAGUCUCCAGUACUUUCCCUUUCCCUCUCUGUGUUCCCUCCCCUGUACCCUUCCCUCUACUCUACUGAUCUUUCUGCUAUUUUUAGUUUUUUUUUUUUUUAAUUAGUGUCUUGUGAAUAUACAUAAUUGUGAAAUUCACUGGGGUUUGUUCAUAUAUGUUCAUAGGAAAGUUAGGUCAGAUUCAUUGUGCUAUCUUUCCUUAUCCCAUCCUUCCUCCCUUCCCUUCAUUCCCCUUCAUCUAUUCCACUGAUUCUUCUUCUGUUUUCUUUAAACAACCCCCCUUAUUUUGGAUUAGUUUCCACAUAUCAGAGAAAACAUUAAACCUUUGACUUCUUGAGUAAUGUGUACCAAAUAGCCAUUCAGUUCCCCUUAACUUGCCUGGUAACUUUCAUUUCUUGCCAGAAAUUUCCUCAAAGAAGCCAGUCCCCCUUUCUGCCCAUUUCAAAACAUAUUUAUAUAAAAUAGAGAAAAAGCCAAGUUUGUUAUUAGAGUACAGAGUGGUUUUUUUCCCACAAAAGACAAUUAUUGUUGUAGAAACAAUUCUCAGAAUUCACAGUUGAAUGAAUAGUGCAGAAAUCCUGCCAUCUGUCUAGUGUUUUGUAGUAGAAGGGAUCCCAUGACUUGAAUCUGUAUGUAGGGGCCCUGUCAUUUUCUGGCAGCAUCCUUAAGUGAGUUUUCUAACCCCUGACCUUCCAUCUCUCCCUUCAUGGAAUAGAGUAGUGCCCACACAGCAUGGGUUUUUGUGAGGAUGAAAUAGGCAUGUGUAUGUGUGAAGCAGGGAGUAAUGGGGUGACUGGCAUGUGGGGUUUCAAAACUUGUUUACUCUUGGCGGCUUAUGUCCUGCAGACUUCAUAUUUGGAUCAUAAAUACCAAUGCAACAGCUAAUCUGCACUAUCCCUAAAUAUUUUGGAUGGUCUAUUUUCCUGUAGACUCUAAUCAUUGCUAAUUUUCCUGUUGGUGACUCAACUAGCAUAGUUAUUCAUUUAAGCCCUAGUAAUGGGCCCAUCUUUGUGGUCUAUACAGAUUUCCACAUUAGUCAAAUGACUGAUGUACAUGGUGAGAUUUCUUUCUGCUAUCCAGAAUGCCUUAUGAUGCUGCUUCAUUGAAGAAAAAGACCUUGCAGUCCUGUGGGUUUAGGGUUUUCUCAUUUUAAAUCUUAAAAAAAAAAAAAAAAGGAGGUAGGAGGAUUCCUAGCUUUGCUCUUAGAUCCAUGUUCUCAAAUCCCACAACUCCAUUAGUGGGGUCUGAAAACAAAAUUCUACCUGGAUGAUUUGAAAGGGUUUUCACAUAAUCUCUCAUUCAUAAAGAGAAUAACCUUAUGAAACUGAUGGCUCAGGUAAUUCUUAUUGUUUCAUGGUGGAAAAAAAUUGAAGCCCAGAACAGCUGUUUGCUAAUUUAUUCAAUAAUCAACUAUUGAACACUUGCCACAAGCUAGGAAUGAUAUUAGGCCUGGGAAAACAGAGAUGAAAGUUACAGUUUAUUUCCUGGCUGGUGAAGGAGUCGGAUAAAUCAAUAAGGGCACUAAAUGCUGAGAUCAGACUGAUGGGUAAGUUGGGAAGCACUCAUUCCAGGCCUUAGGGUGCAGUUUGGCUUCUUGGAAGAGGUCUGAGUUGUGCUCAGCCUCUGUGGCUCAGAAGGAGUUAGUUAGACAUACUCAGGCACUUCAUACAUCUCUCUCUGGUGGCAGUACAUGGAGUGGUGAGGGGCUUAAAGUGAGAAAUGUAUUACAGUGGUUCCAGGCAAGAAAUUUGGGCAGCUUUAACGAUCUAAGACAGGGAUAUGGAGAACAAAGAAUGGCUUCCAGAAUUAUUGGGAGGUAGUGAUGUUGCCAGGCUUCAAAUGUAACAAACUUCCGUCCAAGGGCUCCUUUUCAAGUCCAGAGCUGUGAGCUAUAAUGAAUCAACAGGGCCGUUUAAGAGCUCCCAAACAGUUCCAUUGGUGACAGCUGACUUGUCUCAGACUUUUGACUGUUCCUCCUCUGAGUUUUCAGUGGAUAUACUCUGGGUCACCUGUGGUCACUAGUACCAUUCCUCCCAUCCAUGGAAAAUGAGGCUACAUUUUCUAAUUGAACUAAAUAGGGCGUGACUGAAGUUCCUGGAAAAUGGGCAAUUCUUUGUGCCAUGAAGAGUCAAGGGCCUUUUCCAAGUUGAUUCUAUCAUGUCCAACAUCAAUUAUCCCCAUAUGUCUGUAGAGGGGUUUUCUUCCAACUGUCACAAGAGCCAAGAGCCUCUCAUCCUUAUGAAACUUUUAAAAAAUGCCCCAGCACUUGCCAGUUUAAUAGUUUUGGACUAGUUUAUGGGCAUUAAAACCAUUUUCUAUUAGGAGGAAAAAUUCCCAGCUAGGCUGAGAAAGCUUAUAUCAAGUUUCAACUUGAUUCAUUUCAAAACCCGCCAUGAAAAUUGGGACAUUUUCUUCGCACCACAAUGAGUUAGUCAUGGAAAUUCUACCUUAAUCACAGCUGCCAUGGCCGCAGUCAUGAGGAGCAUGCUCUGGGCCACUGAAAAGUUAUGUGACAGCAUUGAAGAGUUUGUCCCCUUUACUGUCAGAAAGCAGAAUUAUGUUGCAGUUUGUGGUCUGUGGAAGUAUAACAUGAGGUUCCUUUUUCAGCAAGUGACCUUAUAUGUGGUGCAUGAUUUUUUGUCUUGUUUUAUUUUGUUGUGGGGCUGGGGAUCAAACCCAAAGCCUCAUGCAUGCCAGGCAAAUUCUACCACUGAGUGACAUCCACAGCCUACAUCUUUGUCUUUAUGGCAGUUCAGUUUGAUUCUUAUUUCAAAAAAAAGUGCUCUUUAAAGCUAAAAAUGUAGAAAGUUAAACUUGGUAGAAAUGUUCAUUAAAAGGCUAAGAGAGGCUCCUCCUGAGGGAGUCUGACCCUCCUCUUACUCUCAAUGACAGAAAUGAGGCAGUCAUCUCAGCCAUCUGUCUUGGAGAUGCUUGCUAAGUGUGGCCAGGUGCCAACAUGCAUGGGUCUAUUUAGAGCAGACCUUAGCCAAUAAAGUGAAAUGGGCAGCCAAGCUUUCCCUGGAGCCAUGGCACAGAAUGCUGCCUUCUGCCCUGGCACUUCUGCCUCAUGUCCCACUAGGAGCCACCUCUCUAAGCUAUACUCCUAGACUAAGAGCUUUUCCUGAGAUGAUUUGUUCAUGUAUUCUUUCAUUCCUUCGCUAACAGAAUAUCCGGGUGUUUUUCCCCUCAGGAAUGAGCUAGACUUUGAGAAUGCAAAGAUAAGUUCCUGUCCUCCUGGGGCUCACAGCUUAAGUGUGGGUGAUAGACACCAUGCCUCUGAGUCAUUCUGAAAGCAUAAUUUAUUAUAGAAUGCCACCUCAAACAUUGUCAAACCCUAAGCUCCCAGGUGGACUUAAUUAUUUGAGUAGGCUGAGAAGCGUGGGUGGGGAGUGAAGAGGCUGUCCUCCAUAGAGUUGAAGCAAAAGUUUCCUGAUGUGAACUUGGCCAUCCCUAUGUGCCAGUGGACAUGCCAAGCCCAACCCAAGGUGGGCCUGAGACUGUCCCAUCUGUUCCCCUCACUCUAAUGUCCUUGUCCCAUGCUAUUCUGCUUGCUGGGUCUACUCCUCUCUUCAGCUGCCCUGUGCCUGACCUGUUGCCAAUCACCUGAGCUUUUAGCCACCACUUUCAUCCAGUGCUCCAGGAACUAUGUCACCCCCCCAAAUCAGGCCAGCACUCCUCAGCCUGACAUUGGAAGACCCACCAUAAUGAUGAGAUUACCCCCUACAAUUUUUCCCAGAAAGCUCUUCACUCACUGGGAACACCCUAGAAUGUUCCACCAUUCACCUGGUGGCCUCCCCUCUCCAUACCUCCACUUGGUCAAAUCCUUCCUUAUCCCUUCCUCCUCUAAGCCCCCACCUCUGCUACAGCAGUGCUUUUCACACUUUGCUAUGGUUCGUUUCACCUGGGGAAACUUAAACCUACGCAUACCCAGGCUGUACGCCAGACCAGUUGAAUCAAUCGAGGAAUAGGAUUUAGAG